CCUGGCGGCGGAAGGAAGGGGCGGCCGGGCCCGUCCCGUCCCGUCCCGUCCCGUCCCGUCCGACGCCCGCCCCGUGUCGCUGUCGCCCCCUGGGCCAGGUGCAGCCCGGAGGGGUCCGGCGCCGUCCCCGCCUAGCGCCAUGGCCAUGAGGGAGCUGGUGGAAGCGGAGUGCGGGGGCUCCAACCCCCUGCUGAAGCUGGCCGGCCACUUCACGCAGGACAAGGCCUUGCGGCAGGAAGGGCUGCAGGGCUCCCUGGCCUGGCCCUCCGGAGCUCCCGGCGCAGCAGCCGUAUCCAAACCCCUGGGAGUAGCCUCUGAAGAUGAGCUGGUUGGAGAGUUCCUGCAAGAGCAGAAUGCCCCUUUACUGUCCCGUGCACCGCAGACGUUUAAGAUGGAUGAUCUGUUGGCUGAGAUGCAGGAGAUUGAACAGUCAAGCUUCCGACAGGCCCCUCAGCGAGCUCCAGGUGUGGCAGCCCUGGCACUGUCUGAAAACUGGACCCAGGAAUUCUUGGCUGCAGCAGAUAAUGCUGGUGAUGUCUCUUCAGAUUACAAUGAGACUGACUGGUCGCAGGAAUUCAUUGCUGAAGUGACAGAUCCGCUGUCUGUGUCCCCUGCCAAGUGGGCAGAAGAAUACCUAGAGCAGUCAGAAGAAAAACUGUGGCUUGGGGAAUCGGAAGACCAGUCAUUGGCAGAUAAAUGGUAUGAGGAGUAUCAACCUGAGGAUGAUCUUAAGAAAACUGCUAGUGAUUUUCUUUCUAAAGUGGAUGAUCCAAAACUCAACAGUUCUGAGUUCCUAAAGUUUGUCCGCCAGAUCGGAGAUGGGAGGGUAUCGAUCGAAGCUAAUAAGGUGACCCACAGAGACCAAGAUCAGGCAGAGCAAUGGGCAGCUGAGUUUAUACAGCAGCAGGGGGCAUCCGAUGCCUGGGUGGAUCAAUUUACGCGAUCUGGGAACAUGUCAGCUCUUGAUACGGAAUUUGAGCAGGCAAAGACUGCUGUGGAGUCAGAUGUGGACUUCUGGGACAAACUCCAGGCAGAAUGGGAGGAGAUGGCCAAGAGAGAUGCAGAGGCUCACCCUUGGCUCACUGAUUAUGAAGACCUCAACUCCUCUUCAUAUGACAAGGGUUAUCAGUUUGAAGAAGAUAAUCCCAUGAGAGAUCACCCUGAUGCUUUUGAAGAGGGGCGGAAGCGCUUGGCAGAAGGUGACCUCCCCAAUGCUGUCUUGCUCUUUGAGGCUGCAGUACAACAGAAGCCAGAUCAUAUGGAGGCCUGGCAAUAUCUGGGAACCACCCAAGCAGAGAAUGAACAGGAACUCUUGGCAAUCAGUGCUCUCAGACAAUGCUUGGAACUGCAGCCUGGGAACCUCACAGCACUUAUGGCUUUAGCGGUCAGCUUCACCAACGAGUCCUUGCAGAAGCAGGCGUGUGAGACUCUGCGGGACUGGCUACGCCACAAACCUGCAUAUGCUCACCUGCUGGAGAAGGAGUCAGAGGAGAGUGCCUCAGGGCCAAAUCUUGGGCAUUCCAAGCGUGUGCUUGGUUCUCUGCUGUCUGACUCACUUUUUGUGGAGGUCAAAGAGCUGUUCUUAGCAGCUGUGCGCAGCAACCCCUCAACUGUUGAUCCUGAUGUUCAGUGUGGCCUGGGUGUCCUUUUCAACCUUAGUGGCGAAUACGAGAAGGCUGUGGAUUGCUUCAGUGCCGCACUUAGUGUGCGCCCCAAUGACCAUCUUCUCUGGAACAAGCUUGGUGCCACCCUGGCCAAUGGGAAUCGGAGUGAGGAAGCUGUGGCUGCAUAUCGGCGGGCACUGGAGCUCCAGCCAGGAUAUAUCCGCUCUCGAUACAACUUGGGCAUCAGCUGCAUCAACUUAGGUGCCCACCGAUGGAAAAGCAGUGUGCCAGCAUGCUGCAGUAUUUUUCAGAUGAAAUAAUGGUGACUCAGGGAAGAACAUCCCUUCUGCCGGAGGUACCUGCAUUGUGAGUGAAAUGCAGCACAGCUUCUCCUAUGGGGUCCGUGGCUAGGUCCUUUAAAAGCAUUUUACUGUUCUGUUGGAGUAGAACCAGAUUUAUGGUGAAGUCUUUCACCACAGGGCAUGGGCAUAUCUUACUAGGCUUGACCUGAUUGAGGUGGAUUUUGGUGAAAGCUGUAUUUAGCUUUCCAAGUGUGUUCAUCACUGACUUUAAGGCUGUUAUUUCUUAUGACUUUGUGUAUAUUGUGGUAUUGGACAGUCUUUUUUGCAGGCUCUGUGACUGAAACGAAUUUACAAUUAGACUUCUUUAAAAGAAAACCAGACAACCAGCGGACAGGCUGUGGAGACACACCUGAAAAUGUGAACCAGCUAUUCUCCAAUGCUAGCAGGCAAAUGGAAAGAAUCGUGUAAUUAAUAUCUUAAAAUCACUUGCUUUUCAGUGCGAUACUGAGUUAAAAAGGUAGCAUCUCUCAGCUAUGGUUACGUACCGUUUGACUGCUUGUUUUUAAAACAGUGUAUGGGUUGGAUGAAGUAGAAAAAUAUUGGGGUUGUUAAUGGUCAUGAUUGGUGUUGCCUUUUGUCUAUAGUGCUAAAUCUAGAUAAUUUGGGCUGAUGGUUAUGUCUGGACCACUUUCAAGCUGUAUGUGUGAAACUCCUCCAUUCUACUCUAUUCAUCAGCAGAGAUGACUGGUCCAGAAACAUUUUUGCUAAUAUGCAAAGCCUUUUCAGUCAGGCAGAUGUAUCUGCUACUCAAAAAUGCAAAGAUUACACGUUCCACAGCUAGUUGGUGAGGACUCCCUCUUCUUGGAAAUGGCUCGUAUGGUGUUGCUCAGUUUGAGUUAAGCAAGGAUCAGUCAUUGGUCAGUCUUGUGUCUUCUGCUUACUUUUGGUCAUUGUAUUUUAUUUUUUACUUCUGUUUUCUUUUUUUUUAUAUAUAUAUUUAAUUAUUUUAUUUUAACCAAGAUCUAUCUGUGGGCUUUUCUUAGCAAUGUCUAGUGGGAUGGGGAAGGAAGAGUGCGUCUGGAGAUGGAGGAAGCUUAAUUCAAUUUUUCUGCUGUUUUACCUUUUCCAGCACUGUGAAGUGGGUGCAUGUGUGCCAUCCACAGCUUAGUGUUAAAUUAUUUUUUCACCCCUCAGUCCAGAAGAAAAUGGAUUCCAACAGUGCAAUGAAGAUGAAGCCAACCACAGAGGAAAUAAAAGUAAAGAAAUGCUUGAGUCUUGAUGUAUUU